CAGCUCAGGCUGGGCCCCGCCGCCAUUUUGGGUUGUGUGGGUUUCCGAGACGCUCUGAGCUGGGCCUCGCCCGCGGAGGUUCCGCAAAUCGCCGGCCAGUGGUACGCGUCCGAGUGUCAGGUUGGAGCCGGGAAGCGUCCCUGGGGGUACCGGCGGCGGGGGCAGGAUGAGCGCGGAGGCGGCGGACCGGGAGGCAGCCACCUCCAGCCGGCCCUGCACCCCGCCGCAGACCUGCUGGUUCGAGUUCCUGCUAGAGGAGUCGCUGCUGGAGAAACAUCUGCGCAAGCCCUGCCCGGAUCCUGCACCAGUUCAACUUAUUGUUCAGUUUUUGGAACAGGCUUCCAAACCUUCAGUAAAUGAACAAAACCAGGUGCAGCCUCCACCUGAUAACAAGAGAAAUCGUAUUUUAAAGCUACUUGCUCUUAAAGUUGCUGCACAUCUGAAGUGGGACUUAGACAUAUUAGAGAAAAGAUGUGUACCUUUUGUUUCUUUAAGUUUGUCUGUUCCAGUAUUGAAUAUGCUGCUAAAUGAACUGCUGUGCAUCAGUAAAGUUCCUCCUGGGACAAAGCAUGUGGAUAUGGAUCUGGCCACUUUACCUCCGACCACUGCCAUGGCUAUCCUUCUCUACAACAGAUGGGCAAUUAGGACAAUUGUUCAAAGCAGUUUUCCUGUCAAGCAGGCCAAACCUGGACCUCCUCAGUUAAGUGUCAUGAAUCAGAUGCAACAGGAGAAAGAACUAACAGAAAAUAUUUUGAAAGUACUAAAAGAGCAAGCUUCUGAUUCUAUUUUGGUACUAGAGGCAGCCCUUAAAUUAGACAAGGAUCUUUAUGUCCACACAAUGAGAACACUAGAUUUGUUGGCAAUGGAGCCAGGCAUGGUAAAUGGAGAAACUGAGAGUUCUACUGCUGGAUUGAAAAUCAGAACUGAGGAGAUGCAGUGCCAGGUGUGUUAUGAUUUGGGUGCAGCAUACUUCCAGCAAGGCUCUACAAAUGCAGCUGUUUAUGAAAAUGCCAGAGAAAAAUUUUUUAGAACCAAAGAACUAAUUACAGAGAUAGGUUCAUUAUCUCUUCAUUGUACCAUAGAUGAGAAGCGGUUAGCGGGCUAUUGUCAAGCGUGUGAUGUUCUUGUACCUUCUUCUGAUAGUACAUCUCAACAGUUGACACCAUAUAGUCAAGUCCAUAUUUGUUUGAGAUCUGGCAACUAUCAGGAUGUAGUAAAGAUUUUUAUUGAAGAUAACUUAACCUUCAGUUUACCUGUCCAGUUCCGGCAGUCAGUACUAAGGGAACUCUUUCAGAAAGCUCAACAGGGAAAUGAAGCUCUAGAUGAAGUCUGUUUUAAAGUCUGUGCCUGUAACACAGUCCGUGAUAUAUUGGAAGGUAGAACGAUUAGUGUUCAAUUUAACCAGCUAUUUCUUAGACCUAAUAAAGAGAAAAUAGACUUUCUUCUUGAGGUGUGUUCAAGAUCAAUAAAUUUAGAAAAAGCUUCAGAUUCUUUGAAAGGAAACAUGGCUGCUUUUCUAAAGAAUGUGUGUCUGGGGUUGGAAGAUCUGCAGUAUGUUUUCAUGAUUUCUUCACAUGAGCUUUUCAUUACAUUGUUGAAAGAUGAAGAACGAAAGCUACUUGUUGAUCAGAUGAGGAAGAGAUCCCCUAGAGUAAAUCUGUGCAUUAAACCUGUAACUUCAUUUUAUGAUAUCCCAGCCUCAGCAAGUGUCAACAUUGGUCAGUUGGAGCAUCAGCUGGUAUUGUCAGUGGAUCCCUGGAGGAUUCGACAGAUUUUAAUUGAAUUACAUGGUAUGACUUCAGAGCGCCAGUUCUGGACAGUGUCUAACAAGUGGGAAGUACCUUCUGUUUAUAGUGGGGUCAUCCUGGGAAUUAAAGACAAUUUAACAAGAGAUUUGGUUUACAUUCUGUUGGCCAAAGGUUUACACUGCAGUACUGUUAAGGACUUUUCCCACGCCAAACAGUUGUUUGCUGCUUGUUUGGAGUUGGUAACAGAGUUCUCGCCAAAACUCCGUCAGGUCAUGCUGAAUGAGAUGCUGCUUUUGGAUAUUCAUACGCAUGAAGCUGGAACAGGGCAGUCAGGAGAGAGACCUCCUUCUGAUCUUAUUAGUAGGGUGCGAGGAUAUCUGGAAAUGAGGCUUCCUGAUAUUCCUCUUCGUCAAGUUAUAGCUGAGGAAUGUGUUGCUUUUAUGUUAAACUGGAGGGAAAAUGAAUACCUUACACUGCAAGUUCCCGCAUUUCUGCUUCAGAGUAAUCCAUAUGUAAAGCUUGGACAGCUUUUAGCAGCUACAUGCAAAGAACUUCCAGGCCCUAAAGAAAGUAGACGGACUGCUAAAGACCUUUGGGAAGUUGUUGUUCAGAUCUGUAGUGUAUCCAGUCAACACAAACGAGGAAAUGAUGGCAGAGUUAGUUUAAUAAAGCAGAGGGAAUCUACAUUAGGUAUAAUGUACCGGAGUGAACUACUUUCUUUUAUCAAAAAAUUACGGGAACCUUUGGUUUUGACUAUUAUUUUAUCACUCUUUGUGAAACUUCACAAUGUUCGGGAGGACAUCGUGAACGAUAUUACAGCUGAACAUAUUUCUAUUUGGCCAUCCUCCAUCCCGAACCUCCAGUCAGUGGACUUUGAAGCUGUGGCAAUCACAGUGAAAGAGCUAGUUCGGUAUGCCCUCAGUAUAAGUCCAAACAACCAUUCCUGGUUAAUUAUUCAGGCAGACAUUUAUUUUGCAACAAACCAGUAUUCGGCAGCUCUUCACUAUUACCUACAGGCAGGAGCCGUGUGUUCUGAUUUCUUCAAUAAGGCUGUGCCUCCUGAUGUUUAUACAGACCAGGUAAUAAAACGAAUGAUAAAAUGCUGUUCUUUGCUGAAUUGCCACACACAGGUGGCAAUCUUAUGUCAGUUCCUCAGAGAAAUUGACUACAAAACAGCCUUUAAAUCAUUGCAGGAACAAAACAGUCAUGAUGCUAUGGACUCCUACUAUGACUACAUAUGGGACGUUACCAUUUUGGAAUACUUGACCUAUCUUCAUCAUAAAAGAGGAGAAACUGAUAAAAGACAAAUUGCGAUCAAAGCCAUCGGUCAGACAGAAUUGAACGCAAGCAACCCAGAAGAAGUGUUACAGCUGGCAGCGCAGAGAAGGAAAAAAAAGUUUCUCCAAGCAAUGGCAAAACUUUACUUUUAAACACCCCUGGUCUUCCAAAUCUAUUCUCUACUUUAUUGAAACUGCCAUUUUAAAAUUAUAUUCAGUGAACAAAGCGAAUUCCAUUCAGAUCUUCCAAAAACUGAUCUAGACUUUUUCUUUCCAUGAUCUUUAAUGGCUCCGGUCAAAAUGUAAAAGUUCAAAACAAAAAAGGCAAAUCUUAAUGUAUCAUAUCUGUUUCUUCAUGAAGCUUUGGGACUUUACCAUUUACAAGCAGUCUAAAGUAAUUAGGGGAGAACAAGAGAGUAUUGCAGAGAAUUCCGUCUUCUCUUUACAUCCUCAUACUGUGCUUCACGUCUGAAUCUGAGUAAGUUUAUUGUUAGAACAAUAUCAACAUGCCAGCAAGAUCCCAUUCUAAUAGAGCUAUCAAUAUGAAUGUUUACAGACUGUAAGCAUAAUUUAGAAGACAUAAAUUUGUAAUUUACAACACAGUAAAUGAAAGUCGUGUUUUCUUGUGUGUCCUGUAUACAAAGUUAUGAUGUCCAAAUUUAAUAACAUACUUUCUAGUAGCUAACACUCAGCCUUUACUCUAAUUCAGAGCCUGAUUAAACACCUUUUGGGUUUUUUUCUCCACCAUUUUGCUUAAUAGUCCUUUUUGGCAUAUAGAAAGGAAAAAAGGCAGUGAAAUAAUUCUCAUUCUCUGUUGGAAGAGGGGAAAAUCAGAAUAUUUGAGUGUCACUGUUGGAAUUCAUUGAUACAUACACAUGGUAUGGUAAUUAUACUUUUCAAAGCAUUUCCUUAAUCACUUUUAAAGCAGUAUAUUCUCAUUAUAGAAAACUUGAAAGACACAGAAAAAUGGUCUACAGCUUAAGUAAAUUCUCCCCCCCACCCCCAUUUAUCCAUACCAUUGUCAAUAUAUUGAUGCAUUAUUAACCUCUUUGAACUGGAUCUUAAUGCUGAAUGAAAUCUGUUUUGACUACUUACAGUGUGUUCUUUGAGAUUGAGUAGCUAACUGUUAAGUUACUAAAACUGCAACUAGAAUCACUUAAUACCUUUAAUAUAAUAAGUUCCAUUCUUAAGAUAUCCUCUUCACUGCAGGCACCAUCAGUGACAUAAGCAAACUCUUGGAGCUUAGGAGCAUAGAUUUCCUUUGAAAUGGAUUUUAAAAAAACAUUAGGUGUAGUUGAGACCGAGAUUAAAACAAAAAGAAUUCUACAGAAACCACUUAACAGGCUUUGUUUUUAAGGACAGCUUCAUAAAGUGAUUUUAAAUCUUAGUAAUGAUACGUUUCUCAGAUGUAGGAGGUGAAAUUAGCCAACUACAUUGAAACUUAUUUUCAUAGGCUUGAUCUUGAAUUUCAGUUAAUAAGCAACUAGAAUAUUAGGUCGGUCUGAACAGUCCAGAGAACAAAUAGAAUGAUCAGAGUAGAAGAGAGGCCUGUUACAGAUGAGAACAGGCUAAAAAUCAAGAUUUCAGUCUAGAAAGCUACCUGAAAUACAGUUGAAUUCCAGAGAAGGGUAGACUAAAUAUAAAAUUAUUCACCAAAUUUGGCAGGAUUGGGAGAUAGCCCUUAAAGCUCAGAACAAAAAUAUGGAAGAAAAAAAUAAAUUCAAGGAAAUUAAGGCAUGUUUCACAGUCCUCCUCCUGCCCUCAAGAUGAUAAAUGUUUCAAAAAUCUCAAAAGAAAUUAUGAUAAUCCAAAAUACAUUGUUUAAGAAAACCAGAUGGAGAUUGUGUGAAGGAAAACCUCAGGCCAGAAAAGAGUUGCUUUCUAUCCCGGCACCGCCAGCAGACACAUAGAGACCAUUAUUCUAACCCAGCAGAGCUAUUUAUUUCAUUUGAUUGGUCAGUUAGUUUUCAAAGACCAUUCUAUUGAAUCCAAGUGCCAUAAUUAUGUAUU